AUGUUAUCUCGUAUUCUUAUUUUCUUUAUGUUUGUUUUGGUUCUCAUCAAAAGUGAAAAUAAUCCAUCUUACUCCGUACGAAUUUAUUCAAAUCAAGCAGAAAUAAUAUAUUUACUUGACAAAUUACCACUGGAAUUUACCGAUGAUGAGUGGAAUGAAAUUCGCUCCGAUUCUAUCACACUUCUUAGCGAUAACAUUCACAUUACAUCACAAACAAUAAGUGAAAAACGCAAAUCGCUCAAUGGCGCUAAAAUUUAUAUUCGUUCGCCAAUAUCAUUAGAUAAAAGUACACUCAUUUUUGUUCAAGGUAUUCUUAUCGAUGAACAUAAUUAUUUAGUUAAAAUCCAAGAUGAAUCAAUUGCUGGUCAACAAACUUUAUUUUUUAGCGUCCCACCCGAUCAUAUUUUUUAUCUAGAGCAACCACCAAAAUCAAAAUUCUAUGUUAAUUUUACUUAUGAUACUACAGAUUCACAAGUACAUGUCACUUAUCUUCGUUCAAAUCUCAAAUGGCAUACACAGUAUCAACUGAAUUUAUACGAAAACAAUAGUACACUUAUUGCUAUGGCGAAUAUUCGAAAUGAUGGAAAAUCGCCUAUAUCAAUUGAUCAUGCUGAACUUAUCGGUGGUGAUGUUAAUCUAAAUACUCGAUCAAGAGAAACAGUAGCCUAUUUUACAACAACAACUAUGACAACAACAACAGCAACAACUAUGGCAAAAACAACAACGAUUGAGCAAGGUACAGAAUUGUUCGGACUCUAUGUUUUUACUAUAAAUCAACCAUUUACAAUCGAUGCAAAAACAAAUUAUCUUUUACCAAUGUUUCAUCCACAUGUUACUGUUGAACGUUAUGGAUUAAUAUCAAAAUACUUUCAAACAACAUCAAAUACAGGCUAUGCUCAACGAUCAUAUCGUCUUAGAUCCGAUCGAUAUCUGUCACGUGGAAAUUGCAUUAUCAGAGAAUCGGAUAGAAUUGUUGGUGAAACUUUUUUACCUAAUCUUGGUGCAAAAGAUAAAUAUCACUUCUCAAUUGGACAAGAUACUGAUAUUUUUUAUAAAGAGAAUGUAUCAUUGAUCUCUUCAACGAAAUUAGAAGAAAAUCAUCAACAUGAAACACAGACAAUACACACUUCUACUCGCAAAUUAUCUAUUUAUGAGAUCAAUAUACAAAUCAAAAAUUUCAAAACUCGUUCAAUUACAAUUGAAUAUGAACAAACAUUUCUCUAUAGUUUUCAAAAUAUUCAAUUAAUUAUGUUAAAUAAUCAUAGUUUUAUACAAGAUGGUGAAACAAUCAAAUCCAAUAUGAUAUUACAGAAUAAUGAUGAUCAAACUUUUUCUUAUCGUAUUGAGAGGACUCAUCACUAG